AUGACUGCAAUUCAGGUACAUCAAUUGGCGGCCCAACUCAUUAACGAGACGACUUCAGAACCAAACUCCUACAGACUUUCAAACUCCUACAGCCUUUCAAACUCCUACAGACUUUCAAACUCCUACAGCCUUUCAAAUUCCUACAGCCUUUCAAACUCCUACAGACUUUCAAACUCCUACAGCCUUUCAAACUCCUACAGCCUUUCAAACUCCUACGGACUUUCAAACUCCUACAGACUUUCAAACUCCUACGGACUUUCAAACUCCUACGGACAUUCAAACUCCUGCAGACUUUCAAACUCCUACAGCCUUUCAAACUCCUACAGACUUUCAAACUCCUACAGACUUUCAAACUCCUACAGACUUUCAAACUCCUACAGCUUCCAACAGCUUUCAAACUCCUACAGACUUACGCCCUUUUCAAACUCCUACAGACUUUCAAACUCCUACAGACUUUCAAACUCCUACAGCCUUUCAAACUCCUGCAGCCUUUCAAACUCCUACAGACUUUCAAACUCCUACAACUUUCAAAACUCCUCAGCUUUCAAACUCUACAGACCUUUCAAAUCCUACAGACUUUCAAACUCCUACAGCCUUUCAAACUCCUACAGCCUUUCAAACUCCUACAGACUUUCAAACUCCUAUAGCCUUUCAAACUCCUACAGCCUAUCAAACUCCUACAGCCUUUCAAACUCCUACAGACUUUCAAACUCCUAUAGCCUUUCAAACUCCUACAGACUUUCAAACUCGUACAGACUUUCAAACUCCUACAGCCUUUCAAACUCCUAUAGACUUUCAAACUCCUACAGCCUUUCAAACUCCUACAGACCUUCAAACUCCUACAGACUUUCAAACUUCUACAGACUUUCAAACUCCUACAGACUUUCAAACUCCUACAGACUUUCAAACUCCUACAGACUUUCAAACUUCCACAGACUUUCAAACUCCUACAGACUUUCAAACUCCUACAGACUUUCAAACUUCUACAGACUUUCAAACUCCUACAGACUUUCAAACUCCUACAGACUUUCAAACUUCUACAGACUUUCAAACUCCUACAGACUUCAAGCAACAGCCUGA